AUGACUCAGCAGGGAGCUGUUCUUCAGGGUUACAAUAAUGAACUCGUGAAAUGCAUUGAAGAUUUGUGUAUGCAAAAAGAAGAACUGAACAAGCAAAUCCAGCAAGCAGAAGAGGAAAAAAAUAAACUCCAGCAUGAAAUCCACGUCCUGAGUGAACAAUUGGAGUGUGUAUGUGAAAAUCUGGCCCAAAAGGUAGCUUCACGGAAUGAGCUUGAUAAAAUUCUUGCUGAAACUGAAGCUGCUUACAUGAAGAUUUUGGACAGUUCUAGAACUUUACUUAAUGUCCUGAAGAAGGAGGUGGGAAGCUUAAAGCACACACCAGAACUGAAAACCACUGUAACGUGA